UAAGCACUAUGGCGCAUCUUUCGAAUUCAAGAUGGCUCCUCCUGACCCUGACCUGUAGCGGCUUCAUUGCCACGUCAAUCCCAGCUUCGGUGCGGGAGAGUUUCUUCGAGAGGACUCUCUUGUGCGGCGGCAACGUGACGUCCUACUCAGGGGCGACCCUGAAGACGACCCUGGAGUGUGGUUUGCUGUGUGCCGCAGACGACAAGUGUACCGGGUACGCCAGGUCCACAUCGGCCGCGUGCGUCUUGUACAAUCAGUCCCUGGCCCGCCUCAAGGCGUGCACCAGCGACAGCACGGACACCAACAGCGUCUACGUCAAGGUCAGUAGGUCGGGUCAGCCACGUCAAGGUCAGUGGGUCGGGUCCGCCACGUCAAGGUCAGUGGGUCGGGUCAGCCACGUCAAGGUCAGUGGGUCGGGUCAGUCACGUCAAGGUCAGUGGGUCGGGUCAGCCACGUCAAGGUCAGUGGGUCGGGUCCGCCACGCCAAGGUCAGUGGGUCGGGUCCGCCACGCCAAGGUCAGUGGGUCGGGUCCGCCACGUCAAGGUCAGUGGGUCGGGUCCGCCACGUCAAGGUCAGUGGGUCGCGUCUGCCACGUCAAUGUCAGUGGGUCGGGUCAGCCAUGUCAAGGUCAGUGGGUCGGGUCAGCCACGUCCAGGUCAGUGGGUCAGGUCUACAACGUCAAGGUCAAUGGGUUAGGUCUACUGCAUCAAGGUCAGUGGUUUGGAUCGUAAUGGGGAUGAGGGCGUAAUAUAGGGGAGUGUGGACAUUCUUAUAUGACGUCACUGCAUUUUCACUAACCUGUUCCCUUUAGCCCGUUGUCAUCACUGGAGAACAAAGACAACCAAUGUGUGCUUUUGAGCUUUUUGUAAUUUCACCAUAAAAACAUCAAAAUUACCCAAACGCGUUUACCUUAAAUACAACUUUACAAACCUGUAUACAUAUUUGUAAAUGUCGUGAUACAAAUAUUUUUUUAAAUUUUCAACAUCAGAAUCUACCCUUUCAUCAUCAUCUUUUUGUUGUUGUUGUUGUUGUUAAUGCAGUCCUAUCCCUAUGUGGCUAAUUCUCUGUAUAAAGUUACUGCAGUGUUAUCCCUAUGUGGCUAAUUCUCUGUAUAAAGCUACUGCAGUGCUAUCCUUAUGUGGCUAAUUCUCUGUAUAAAGUUACUGCAGUGCUAUCCUUAUGUGGCUAAUUCCCUGUCUUAAGUUACUGCAGUGCUAUCUCUAUGUGGCUAAUUCUCUGUAUAAAGUUACUGCAGUGCUAUCCCUAUGUGGCUAAUUCUCUGUCUAAAGUUACUGCAGUCCUAUCCCUAUGUGGCUAAUUCUCUGUCUUAAGUUACUGCAGUUUAUCCAUAUGUGGCUAAUUCUCUGUAUGAAGUUACUGUAGUCCUAUCCCUAUGUGGCUAAUUCUCUGUAUAAAGUUACUGCAUUCCUAUCCUUAUGUGGCUAAUUCUCUGUAUUAAGUUUCUGCAGUCCUAUCCUUAUGUGGCUAAUUCUCUGUAUAAAGUUACUGCGGUGCUAUCCCUAUGUGGCUAAUUCUCUGUAUAAAGUUACUGCGGUGCUAUCCCUAUGUGGCUAAUUCUCUGUAUAAAGUUAGUACACGCAGGCAAAGCCAUUUCGAUCAGCUAAUUGUCGAUGGUCAUGGUAUGUCUCUGCCUUUGUUUUUUUUUUUUUUUUGGUUUUAUCCACAGCAAUCCACUUGCCUCAAUGGUGGAUCUUUCAGCGCUGACAGUGGAUCAUGCAAGUGUAUCGAUGGAUACGUUGGCACGUACUGUGAAAGACUCAUGCANCCCCCCCCCCCCCAAAAAAAAAUAAAAAAAUAGUAUGACUUCCGUAAAGUAAAGAGCAUCUCAAACAAAAUAUCGCUGUUUUUUUUAAGGUACCAAAUUUGUGCCGUAAGAAAAAAAAAUGCCUGGUUAAGAAUACUUGAAUGAAUGGAACUGUUACGGUGCACGAAUUAAUUUCAAACAAAGACAUGUAUCCCGCGUAGACAGCUUGUUGUUGCCAGCCUCUUGUUCUCGUUCUAGAUUGUUCCGAGGGCUACACACUUGGUGGCUACAGGAGUGACCAGAAGUACUGGAUAAAGCCGACCUUGGCGACCGACGCAUUCAAGGUCACUUGCAAGAGUCUUUGUCUGACCUGCCCAGUAACUCGGCUCUUAUAAAUGUUUAAGGUUCCCCAUUGGUGACGGCUGCCAAAUUCAAACAUCAUUUGUGUGUUUCUAAUGUACCGUACCCCCAUGUCUCAGAUGACAGUGUGUCCCUAGAUGUAUUGCAAUGACAGACAUGCUUCAAAAUUUGGAUUUUUUAAAACCAUGAACUUCGUUAUAUAUCCCUAAAUUUUAGUUGAUUAUAUCCCAUUGUCUUAGUUGAAUAUGCCCCUAUAUUAUAGCUCAAUACAUCUUUUUAUAUUGGCUCCUUAAUUAUAUAUCCUGUUGAUUAGAAAUGUAUAAAGUCAUACAAUUAAUCAAUUUAAGAUUGAGAAGAUUUAUUUAAUAAACCUCAUAAUGAACAGAGUGUUUCUUUGCUUCUCCCUGAUGUAUCAAUAGUCGUUCAGUUCACUGCCUGUGAUCAGCAGUCUUUGAUUGCAGUGGUCGCAUUGAUCUCUCCCCCACCAGGUGUACUGCCAGAUGAGCCAGGGAACGGGCAUCACCCGGCUACAAGCACGCACCAACGCCAAUAUUGACUUUAACCGAACAUGGCUAGACUUCAAAGUGGGGUUCGAGAUUACGGACAACAGCGAUUUCUGGCUGGGCAAUGAAUACAUCCACUGGAUAACUAGCAGGUUGGUGUGGAUAAAAUGUGGGCGGAGUCAGUUUUUAGGGUUCGGGGGGGGGGGGGGGUGGUUAAUGAAGGCACUCUCCCAGACUCAAGUCGAAGUCAAGUCAAAGUAAAUAAAACCAAAAUUGUUGAAGCAGGGAGGUCUCGGUAUAUUUAAUGGACAACUCUUACUUCACAUGGCGGCGAUGGUUUACAAUUUUUUUUUUAUAAGACCGUGGCAUUGGUUUUGAUCGCUGGCGACCCAACAAUGUUUUCUGAUCAUGCUGUUGACAGUAUUUACCAUGUUCCAUUGUUGUCUAAGCGUGUCUCUCUGCCUGAUGGCAUUGGUGUGCUGGCAUUUUGUCAAUUUUAAAAUACAUUUCCUUUAAGCAUAAUCAAAUGACCAUAAUGUGGUUUAUAUAUGAGGUGGGUGGGGGCAAGGGCGUACUUUAACAAAAUAUAUAUUGAGGGGUGGCAUCCCCCCCCGCGCCCCCUCUGCCUAUUCCAAGAAAUAGGAAGUUACAUGUUCAUAUCGGGAAAGAAAAUAAAAUGCUGAUAUUUCUGGCUAUAACUUACGCUUGAAAAUGGUUACAGCUGCGUAGAAAAAAAAACGGCACAACAUACGGCCCGCCAGCACCCACUUUGCGGCCCGCGAAGUAACGAAAUAUUCUUUAUUCUUAUUAUUUUAUUAAUAGCUCCCCCCCCCCUGUCUUAAUUUGUUUUUGGCCCACACAAGUUCUUCCUAAAUUGACUUAAAGUAUUAAGGCCCGCCUGACAUUUUGAGUUGUGCGGGCCUGGGUGGAGAUGGCCCGCCUUACAUUUUGAGUUGUGCGGGCCUGGGUGGAGAUGGCCCGCCUUACAUUUUGAGUUGUGCGGGCCUGGGUGGAGAUGGCCCGCCUUACAUUUUGAGUUGUGCGUGCCUGGGUGGAGAUGGCCCGCCUUACAUUUUGAGUUGUGCGGGCCUGGGUGGAGAUGGCCGCCUUACAUUUUGAGUUGUGCGUGCCUGGGUGGAGAUGGCCCGCCUUACAUUUUGAGUUGUGCGUGCCUGGGUGGAGAUGGCCCGCCUUACAUUUUGAGUUGUGCAAGCCUGGGUGGAGAUGGCCCGCCUUACAUUUUGAGUAGUGCAAGCCUGGGUGGAGAUGGCCCGCCUUACAUUUUGAGUUGUGCAAGCCUGGGUGGAGAUGGCCCGCCUUACAUUUUGAGUUGUGCGGGCCUGGGUGCAGAUGAUAAUUCCUCUUGCUAUCAUCAUAACUAGAGAUGGGAGACCUCCAUUAGGAGUUCAGGUUUGGUUCAUUUCGGUAACAACAUAAAUUCAGGAUCUGUUUGUCAAAACGGAAGUUCAGCGCAGACCGGUAUAUAUAUCGCAAUUUUGAAUUAAGUUUGGUUUUAAGUUAACUUAACUAAAAGAUGUAUUACAGUGUUUAAAUAUAAGCGUUGAAAUUAGAAAUACCCGGUAUAUAAAGGAACCAAAAAAAAAAAGAAAAUUAAAAAAAGCAUAAUACAUUUUCUUCAGCUAACGUUGUACACCGGUAUUGAUAUAGCUAUAUAUAAAGGAGUAACGACACUAUAAGUGGGGAAGUUUUUUCAUUCAAGCAUACGCCACACUACUCGACGUCAUAUGUCCACUACUCGACGCCAUUUUCUCUCAUUUCAGUUUCCCCCAAGUCCUGAUGGUUCAACUGUCCGAAGGCAAGACCAAAACAUUCCAGCGCUAUCAUAAAAACUUCACCAUGUCAGACGGGGCCAACUCCUACGCUGUCAGCUACACCACGAGCUGGUCGAAAGAUGAUGGUCGGUGGCUUGUACAUUGAACACUGCGACCUUUCAUCUAACUCUCAGUUCAACAUUACUAUGACAAAAAUUAAUAUUUACUAUAACGGGAUUCUGCGAGUCUUGAAUUAUAUAUAUAUAUAUAUAAUUUCAUAAGCAAUACAGGGCAAACACAUAUAACAAUAUCCGAAACUUUUGCAAGAUGAAAAGCUACCCCACGCCAUUUCUCUCUUCCAGACAAAAUUUUCAUGGACGGGUGUUGGGCAAACACAAGCAUCAAGUUCUCGACUUGGGAUAGAGAUAACGACGGAAGUGACGUCAACUGCGCACAAACCCACGGCGCAGGUUUCUGGUUCGCCUCUGAUUGCGGAGUGUGUAAUCCUAAUGGGAGACUGUACCCCGGACAGGUAGCUUGUAUGGCAGACUGUACCCCGGACAGGUAGCUUGUAUAGAUUUAGAGCGAGUACCGUUAACUUAAAAUGGGAUGUAACAGGCGUACACUUUGCCGACAUCUUCCCCACUAAGACGCAUUUCCGAUGUUUCGAAUAUGGAGACUCUUGACACGAUGGUUCUCAACCUUGUUCCCGCAGUGACCAAUUCACCUUUAGGAUAUGCACAUCGCCGCGAGGGAACGACUCAUAAUUGAUAUAUUAUUGAUUUUUAAUUUAUCACACUACUUCGUCUACAUAUUCCCACACGUGCUAUGAAUCUAUUUGUUUAAAUAGAUUUCGAAGGAACAGGGCGCUGUGAGCAUGGUAAAGUGGCAUGGAUACUAGAGCGAUAUAAAUAUCAAAUCAAUCAAUCAAUCAAUCUAAAGCUAAUUCCGGGAGCUGGUCAAAAAAUAUAAAUCAAAUGAGUCACUUACAUGGUUUAAAUCCUUCUUCUGUUGAAAAAAAAAACCAUCCUCCAUAAUAUCUACCAAUGUGUGGGGGGCAGAGUCGUUCUUAGGCUUAGGGGGCCCUAGGCAUGGAACGUAGGUAGGGGGGCCCAGAAGGGGGGGGGGGUUGGGGGCGGAGCUACCCCGGAGCUGAGGGGAAAACACCACCCACCACUGGGACACCGCCAUUCUGCCUUCGUCACUGUUUAAUCUUCGCUCGCGUGCAACCAGUAACCAUUGAUAAUUCCCCUUUGAGAGAAAAUGUGGACUUCUGAAAUAUAUGGACUUGGCUGAAAUAUAUGGACUUGGCUGAAAUAUAUGGACUUGGCUGAAAUAUAUGGACUUGGCUGAAAUAUAUGGACUUGGCUGAAAUAUAUGGACUUGGCUGAAAUAUAUGGACUUGGCUGAAAAAAGUGACCGGUGGGGCCCCCUGGGCAGUGGGGCCCUAGUGGUCGCCUAGCUUGCCUAUGCAUAAGAACGGCUCUGCUGGGGGGAAUGUCCAGUCAGCAGUGAGUUCCUUGGUUCAUGAGGACAUCAGAUAGUUUGUAAGACCCUCUUAAAAGUUAUUUGGUAUGUAUGCACACUAGAGUGUUCUCCCUUUACUUUCAGCACGUGCGCCUCAACAUCCCUAAUGAAAAUUUCUGGACACCCACGCUUGGCAACUGGACACCGGAUGCUGUCAAUAUGGUCUUGUUCCGAAUUUAGCCCCAUCGACAUGCCUCCCCAGGACUGGACAGAGACUUACUCAAGCAAUUGUCACUUGCUGGAGUUGGCACCGUGGGGACAUAUAAAUAGGGAAACAAGGCAUGAGAUAUUUUAUAACGGUCUUGGUUAAAAGGUAUCUGGCCACUUAAAGAUGCUGUGUCUGACUGGUCAUGGGUGUGUUGAAAAAAGUGGCUACCAAGCAGAAGUCAUCCUGGCAAGUCAAAGUCAGUAGGGAAACAAAGAAAUCAGACGUGCCUGAUUGGACAUUUUAAUUUGUAUUGCUUUUAAUACUUUUAUACACCGUAAAUUAGAAAAGGCAUAUUUUAAAAAGGCAGCAUCUAUAGGUACGCGGGUACCUUUAAUGGCCAAUGACUAUUCGCACCCGGAGUGGCUCCGUACAGAUUAAAUGGCUUCGGAGCCGGGUGUGAAAACAAUAAUUGUAAGAGAAUUAUUUUUUUAAAAAUUGUUUUUUCUCCUUGUUAUUUCACAGAUUCAUUGUUUUAUUCUAUUCUAUUUUUUUUAUUUUUGCUUUGUUAAUUUCUCUUAGGACGGG